AACGCAACAAUCCCUCACCUUUCCUUCUCAUUCUCGUCAAGACCAAUAAUCGCUCUCAAACUAUCAAGGAAAACCAACGUUACCGCCGCUAUACCAUUCCCGUCGCCUUGUCUAUCUUCAAGUAUUCCUCUCACGACUCAAAUGUCUCUCUCGCGCUUAAAGUUCUCGUGUUUGUAUGCCUUCUCUUGUCCUUUGCUCGUAUCAUCCAGAAACACGAAAUCAUCCAGAAACAAGCUAGCCUUCCUAUCUAUUCUUUGUGUAUCCGUCGAAUCGUCUCCGGGUUUUGUCAGCCUACUGUUCUCGACCCGCUCUACCCUAUCUCUCUCUCGACCCGCUUUAUCUCGCUGCUUUCGUGUCGCUAUCCAUCCUCCUCACCUAUUACGAAUGCUUGUACCUCGCCCGGAUGACGGCGUGUCGUGGUUGUUGUUCUUCGCCCAUGCGGCGUCAUCUUGGUUGUCGUGUUCUCGCAUGGGUUACAAUGUGUUCUUGCAUAGGUUACUGUUCCCGCCGCGUAUGUCGGGGGCUGCUGUCCCCCGUACCACUUGCGGCUGCUUCUGUGCUACUUGGAUAUCCGUGCAUACGUACCCGUCCUGUUUGUGUCCUCCGAGCUUCUCGCAGAAUCAUUCGUGCCUCACCUGUCCUUGCAACUCGCUACCGUUGUAGUACAGCUUGGGAAUUUUGGACUAUCUAGUUACAUCUGAAUGAACGAUCUGUCUUUUCAUGUCCGGAA